AUGAAGUGUGCCCGCUGCCAGGCCGCGGCGACGGUCUUCAAACCGAAAGUGAGGUUCGCGAGGGACGAGGGUGACGAGUUGGAUGAUUGCCACGAGGAAUGGCAGAAGCAGAGCGGUGACACCCACAGGAGCAAGAAGACGGGGGGUGGCAAUGGCGGCAGCACCAGCAAGGGCGUCAUGGACCUCUUGAUGCAGGCGCUCGAGGCCACUCAGGAAACCACCCUCCAGGCCACCUUCACCAAGCAGAUCACGAGGCUGGGAGAAGAGGCUUCGGAGGCGAGCCCUUUGUCCCCUGUCGAGGCUCUACGCAAGGCCAACGGCAACUCCAGGAACAUCGAGCACAUGCAUGACCAAGCAGAACAAUCAGUCCCACGACUUCGCUCAAACUUGGCAGCAGCAGCAGAGUUGAAGGAACCGAACCUGGCCCGCUUGCUGGUUGACGCGGACGACGCUCGCAAGGCAGUCACGCGGGCUCUCGCCAUCGCAGAGGGAGACGGCGGCAGGACGGAUGAGGAGGACAAUAAUUACGAGCGCUUCAAGCUUAAGCCGGACAAGAGUUUGCACGACCAGGCGAACUGGCUUUCCCAGGUCAAGUUCGCGGCCGCCCAGGCCGCCGCCGAGGCCAAGGGCACGGGCAACGCACAUGACGAGAGCUUGGGCGGUAGCGGUUGCGCUGGCGCCUCGCGGGCCCUGUCGGUAGUGGCGGACUGCCAGUCUGCCAAGAUCCACCUCGCGUCGAUUGCGUUCUUCAAGUGCGGGCCCGGCCCCGAGCUCCGAGCGGACCCCGAGGCCGGCCGCGGGGCGCCCCCGCCGCGCCGCUUUGUGCGCUCCCGGGCCAUCCGCGCCAGCAGCCUCCGUGCGGCUGCAGUCCGCAUGCUGCGCUCCGGUCGCACGGGGGCUUCUCAGAGGGCGUGGGGGGCCUCUGAGAGCAUCGCCGUGGAGAGGGGGGCCCUCGCCAGGCCAGAUGCCCGGUGCGGGCAGUCCAGCGACGCGAGGGGCUCGCUGGCAGCGGCGCCGCCCUGCAGGCAGUGCGACGAGGUGUUCGGGCAGGUGGAGCUCGAGGCCUCUGGCGAGGCGGACUGGCCCGCGGGCGCGGCGGGCGAGGCGGAGCAGCGCGUGCCGAUCAGCGAGGAGCGGGCGAGCUGCGCCGCAGACGCGGCGGACUGCGGCUGGCGCAGCGGCGCGCCGGGGCAGUGCUGGAGGAGCUGGUGCGGCUGCCGCAGAGCCUGA